AUGGAGCGCACCAGCAAGCUGGCCGACCUUAAGCUCGUUUCGAAAUAUUACCCUGUCGCAAAUUAUUCGUACCCACAGCCUGACAGGCGUUCACACAAUGGACACAGCCAGAGUCGAGGCUCCAACGCUAGCAGCAGAGCGUCACUGGGAUCCGACGGAUCUGUCCCGGGCCUGAUUGACGACCGGACGGACUCAGAGGUGUCCUUGGAUGACGACUACCAGUACCAUACUCACGCCACUGAGCUAUGGGAUAGCUUCUGGAAGCCCGGUACAGAGGCAAAGAGCCCUGAGCCGGAGCUCCAACCCCGAAAGCAAUAUCCAGCCCUGAUUCCUUCCCCUCAACAACGAAAAAGGCUGGGACUAGAGGAGCGUCGGAUCCCAGCAUGGCCACUGCCCGAAGGCCCUCUACCUCGCUCUCGCAGGGCUGCAGCCACGUACUCGCCCUUCCCCAAGCUGAUUCCCCUGCCUCCUCGGACUUCAUCGCUGGUUCCGUCAUGGCAAUGCUCCCGAUCGAAACAACCACCACAGCGACCACCUCGCCCGGAUGAGAACUUGAUUGAGAAGUUUCUUGAGAAGUCUCAGGUCGAAUUGGUUCGGUCAACCCAAGUCGAAAUUAUUGAACCGCCUCGUGUUGAGGUUGUUGAGCAGCCUCAAGAAGAGGUUGUCGAGAAACCUCAUGAGGAUGCCAUCAAGUGCACCGAGAUUGAGAUUGUCACGCCUUCAUCGCAACUAAGCUCACCGGUCUUGAGCCAUUUCGCCACCUCACCAGAAGCAUACAAGACAAACUUCUCCCGGCCGGUCACACCAGUGGACCACCACCCAAAAACAUCCCUGGACAUUCGCCCUACUUCAUCUCUGGAAAGGCAUCUCUCCAUCUAUUUGACAAGUAGCCAAUCCGCUUCAAACCUUUCCCAACUUGACUCUCAGCCCAUUACUCACGCCAUGGCUUCGAAGAAGUCGGCCCCCUCUCUUCAAUCAAUCACACGGGCGUCUGAUCCGGAGCCCCAACUGCUCUCUGUUUUUGAGUAUGACGACUCGGACUCGGAAUCAGAAUCAGAGGAUUCUCGUGCUCUGUCCUUCUUCCGUUUCCACAAACGCGGGAGUAGCGACAGCCGCCGCGCAAGCAAGAGCUCCGAGUCGGGCCAUCGGCGACGGCGUACCAAUGGCGGCACAGUCCCCUCGUCGCCUACUCAAGACCGCCCGGAUCGUCUAUCUAAAGACUGGGUUGCAGGGCGGAAGCGACAAGGCGGCGACGUUCUUGGGCGCAUGCUCGGGCGGCGCAGCAGAUGA